AUGAAAGGCGACGCAGUUUUUUGGACUCAUCCCUUAACAUACUGGUUACAGUAAGUUUUACUAUUAUAGUUUGAGUUUUGAUGUCUCGAUUAAGCGAUUGCUUGAUUGGACAAUUUGCUCUUGUCAAUGUAGCCGAUUGGCGUUCUGAACGCCGUUUACAAUAUCCAAUAGAUUGCCAUGAGUUACUGGAUGCUCCCGUUUUGGGACGCUUAUUGGAAUUUAUGUAAGUUUGGCAUCUAUUAUUUCUAAAUUGCCGUUUGAUUUACAGAGAUCCAGAAAAUUCUUUCAUCAAUUCGGAUACCACUCUUGAAAUUUCAUUUGAGAAGCUGCUUAUCCAAAUAAUUCAAUUUUAUAGGGUUAUUUUCUUGAAAUUUCAACGUCUAAAAAAUUAAAUUUAGAAGAACUGUGAGCAGUUAAUCGUGUGUGAUCUUCCAAAUUUGCAUGUUUUAUGCCAGAAGGAUCGUAAUGGUGGGUGAGAUUACAUUAUACGUCUAUUUCUCGAGUGACCUUGCAAACCAAAGCCGUUUCUGGACCGGCAAGAGAAAAGAAAUAGCGUUCGGAACAAAGAAACAUAAUCAUAAUGCCGUUUAUUUGUUGACACAUUCAUCGGGUGAGCGUGUGGGUGAGCGUGUGGGUGAACGUUUGGCGAAUGGGUCGUUGCAAAUCAAAGCUAAUCAUAAACAAGUCUAACUGAUAUUCCGAAUGUUGCAGUUUAUUCUAUUUCGACUUCCUUAUCGUCACUUUGUUUUAUUUUCCAAAACAGUUUAUUUACAUUGUGGUAAUUUUCCAAUUGUCAGAAAAAUCGAUUUAGCUUUAGUUCCUAUUUCUGAAACUUUUUUGUAGAAUUUAUAGAAAAAGGAAAAACAAAGCAUUAGAAACGUUUACAGUAAUAUUGUGCACACAUUUCUAUAGAAACUUCAAAAAACCACAUUUUCACAUGUUUCUCCAGAGAACUCAUUAGGUUAAGUGCGCGUUGAAUUUGACUAGCAAAUGUAAGUACAAUUGAGACAACAAUUGUCUGCGUAAUACUAUGAAAAAUAUUCUUCUGCUGAAAAUCAUUAUACCGAUGUGUUCCGUAUUACCAAACAUAAAUUCUGGUAUUCAACUUUUUAAGUGAAACUGAAGUUUAUCAAAUAAGACUCCGUUCGGUUUUUUGUAGAAGUAGGCAAGAAGAAAACGAACAAUACAGCAAACCUCGAAUGUUAGAUCGUACAAUCCUAUUCAUCUUUUGCAUGUUCAGCUGUUAGUAAUAGAAACUGAGAAGUGCGAUUUCAUUUCUACGAUAGUUGUUUUCUCUUACUAUAUCAACGAAUGAAAUAGAUUCCCUGAUGGGUAUUCUAUGUGGAAGAGAGCGGAACACCUGUCCGUUACACAUAUAUUUUAAACUUCCGUUGUAGUUCUCUCCCUCGUUCUUCUCGAACAUUUCCUCCGAAAUCCGAAUUUUCUCACUCCAUCGCGCCUCUUACGACGAGUUUCCCGUGAUAAUAUGCAAAUAUUUGCACGAGACUCAGCUGCCUCAAUAAAUUUUUUCUCGACUACUCACCAGCAUUCUUUAUUGAACAAACGGCAGAGAAAUCGGUACCUUGCGCAAUUCGAAUCCAUUCGUAAUCUAACUUUCGCUUCUGCUUCUUCUUAUACUUUGGUGGCAGCAGUUUGCGGAUUCUAAAAAUCUGCGGACUCGUUUUUUUUUUCAAAGUGAAAAACAGUUUCUCUAUCCGCAAACGAAUGCACUGUGAAUCACAGUCUGUGAUGAGGCUUCCGAAAAGUACUUGAGAGAGAGAGAGAGAGAGAGAGAGAGAGAGAGAGAGGAGAGAAAGAGCGAUUUCCGUUUUCCUCUGUUUCAAUCAAACUUUAGACACUUGUUCUAUAAUUAUUUCCAUAUUAAUAAAUAUUACUAAUUUCAUUUCAGAUAACUUCUACGAACAGGUGAAGAAGGUCAUUCUACUGAUUCUUGGCUGUGCAAUACAGAGUGAGAAGAAAAAAGUUUUCAUUGAUCGCAUAACUGCAUUCAACGAACACAUCCAAGCUGGCCUUGCUCAUCACAUCCGAGAAAUAACUGAAGACACGUCGAUUCUCAUCAGUGCAAAGCACACCGGCAAGAAAGUUGUGUUCCAUUCAGUGAAGAAAGUGAUGAAGCAACAGGAUGUACUAACAGAUCAAUCUCGUUAUGAAAAUGUAUGCAGAUUAAACUAAAUAAACUAUAGAUCCAGUGAAUAAAAAAUAAAUGCUUUCAGGAGGCAGAUUUGGCAGAAAUCAAAACAAACAGUUCGUUGACCGAGAAUGCCAGUACGAGUGGUAACGAAUUCAGUUAGUGCUCACAAAUUCAGAAAUCAUCAUUUCAGAAUCCCGGUCGGUUUCCCCGAAUUCAGAACAUCGUCAGUUUUCCAUACAAUUAACGAAACUCACACACGAGAACCGUCAACUUCGAGAACAAGCGUAAUCAAAGCCGAUGAGGCCGUGCCAAAGCGGGGGAAUUCACGAAAACCGCGGAUGCCAAAAUUGCGGAAUCAAAAUCGCGGAUUCUUGCACGCGCCAAACUUAACGCGCACGUGUCACUAACCUGACGGGUUUCCAUCAAAACCAAAUUAUGGGUCCUUGAAUACAACUUUGUUUGACCAAAUAUAUUUUUCAAAGUAGCUUACGCUUCAUUUCUCUGAUUGUUCACUGUUCAUCAGUUCAAAAAACGCAAGCUUACUGUAAACGCGCGUCAAGUAUAUCGCAUGUAAGAAUCCGCGAUUUUCGCAUCCGCGGUUUUCGUGAAUUUCCCCGUUUCGGCACGGCCUCAAGCCAAUGGUUCUCCAAAAACGAUGAAAUUUUUAGAGAGAAUAAGGAUGAAGAAUGUAGAAAACUGGAAGUGGAAAUAGAAGCCAAGGCGAAACGGAUAACUGCCUUGGAAAAUGAUAAGCGGAAGUUGUUGGGUCAAGAGCGAGUUGUUAAGGAACUAAAUGAUGACUUGCAAGCUGCCCGAUAUCGAAUAGAAAAGUUGCAACCAUUAGAACACAUUGCCAAAAAGUUCAACGAUGCUAAAGAAGACAACGAAUUUCACAAAUCAAGAAAUGAGGUUUGAAAGAGUGAAAAACUUUUAGAUUUGAAAACUGUUUUUAAGACAUUGGAAAAGAAGAAUGCUGCUCUAGAAGGAACUAUAAUUGAGCUCGAAAAAACUAUCAGGUCAUUGCAAAUCGACAAUAUUGACAAAAGCAAUGCUACAGGGAGCGUUUUACGUUUGAAGACCACAAUUGAAAGCAUGGAACACUGUCUCGACCAGAAAAAUGCUGAAAUAGAGGUUCUACUCGAUGAGAAAUAUAGACUGAAUCACGAGUUGAAGGAAAGAGAAGAGAGAAUAACUCAGUUGGAAAUGUAAGAAAAACUUUUUUAGAACAGGGCGGGGAUAGCGGAUAUUAUAGGGUUAUUCAGAUUGUGCCUUUUUUCUAACUGGAAAGUGGGCUGGUCGAACAGGCGCCUGAAAAAAACAGGCGCCUCCUUAUCAGGCGCCUGAAAUCGCCUGUUCGACCAGCCUACUGGAAACCUUAAAACCUUAACCGUGGAAAGCCUUAAAGAGUUUCUUCAUGGGCCCCCAAGACAAUCAAAUUGCUUCUUAUUGAAGGUCUUCUAGUACAACAACUCCACGGCACGUAAAUUCCCUAGCUGAGCAGUUGGAGGACGCAACGAAGGAUGAAUUAGAAAUUAUGAAAACCGAAAUUCGAAAACUGAGAGCUCAAACAGAAGGAGCAGCGCCUGAAGUAUUGUGAGUAUAAUUAUGCAGUCUGGAACUGGAACUCUCUAAUUUUGCAGACCGGCACACAUUUCACGAGAAAUUGAUGAAUUGCGAAAGAAGUUGGAGGAGGCUGAGUUGAAAAUUGAAGAAUGCUCCCUAGACCACAAAAAAAUUGAAGUGGAAAAAGAGAAAAGUUGUAAAAAUUUGGAAAGUAUUGGAAUUGAGUUAGAAGAGACUUUGAUGCAGUUGGACUACAUUCGUGGUGAACGAGACGAAGCAAUCAAAGGACUUCAUGAAGCACGGAGGAAGUUCACACAAUUCCAAGAUGAAUUCGGAAAACGAUUAGAAAGAGAAGCAGAAUACAAGAUUCAGGAACUUCAACUUGAAUCGGAGAGCUUUAAGACUAAUAUGUUGAUUUCUCAGCAACAGCAAGCAGACCUUGAGAAUCAAAUAGAAAAACUCGAAGAAGAAAAUCGAAAGCUUCUGUUUGAACUGGAUGAAUCACGAGAAGAGAUACGCUCAGCCGAGAUAUCCGUUUCGCAUCUGGACAAAGCCCGAAAAAACGCUGAAACUGAAAAGGAAGCAUUGAGGGCUAGGACAGAAGAAUUGGAGAAGGAAGUAGACAACUUCAAGCUACUGUUACUCAAUUAUGACAGCAAACAAAAGCGACUUGACGAUAAGGAUAAUCUGAUAGGCCGAUUGCAUGAUGAGAAAGGCAGUUUGGAGAAUGAAUUAGGAUUGGCAAAGCAGCAAUUGGCGAUAGAGUUGAAGAAGACUCAACGUCUUCGAGAAGACUUUGUGUUGGAAAAGUCGAAAAGAGCUGACCUUGUUGGAAAACUCAGGUCUUUGUGUUCAACUGUCAAUUCCCAUGGUGGAGAUCUAGAUGUUAGUGAUCUUGAUGACGAAGAACUCAUAAAUAGUAUCGAUGAUAUUAUGAUGAAAGCUUUGGUGACAGUCAAACGAGAAUCAGAUUCUUUACGAGUUCAACAAAACAAGCAGAUUGCAGAACUGUCUGAUUUGAAGCGUGAUAUUGAGAAGUUGAGGUAGGAGCGACAUCUAUUUUCUUAUGGGGCUAUUCAGCGUGUGUUUGUUUUCCGUUUUUUUUCGUUUUUUCACACCGCUGAAUUGGGUUUUUUUUACGUAAAAAAACGAAAAAAAACGGAAAGAAAUCAUUUUUUUCACAGCCUGAAUAACCCCAUUAUGUUUUUAAUUCUUUUUUUAGACGCAGUGAAAGUGAAUCGCUUAAUGAGAGCGAUAAUCGAGUUCAGGAGCUAACUAAAGAACAUAUGGCAGCGAGAGAAGAAGCCUUUGCUCUAAAAAAAAAAAUACGAGAACUAACGUUGGAACUAUCGUCAAAAGAUAAUGAUAUCGAAAUUGCUAGGAAUUCUAUAGAAGAGCAAAAAAAGAGUAUGGUAAGAUAUUUCUUCAAACGCCAACAUCAUGUAACAUUUGAAUCGUGUUCAGACUGACUCCGGCUCCAACAGCGGUACGAUUGCUAGUUUGCAAGUUUCAAUUAGGAACUCUCAAAUUCAGGUUAGCAGCUAAAAUUUUUCAGAAUUAUCUCACAUGUGAUUUCAGGAAGAACUGGUGAAACAAGAGAACUUGAAACUCCGGGAUGAAGUUUACGAGUUGCAAAAACAGAACAAAAAACAUGCAUUUAACAUGGAUGAGCUAGAAUCGAUGCAUAAGACACUGCUUGUCGAUCACAGUCGUCUACAACAUCUUUAUAAUCUGCUAACCAGUGAUUAUGAUAACUCUAAGAGAGAAUCUACAGAAUUGAGACAGCGACUUCAAAAUGUUCCUUUGGUACCUUUUUGUUGACAUUAACAUAAUCUUUUGUUUGAAACUUUAGCACUCUGGAAAUUCGAUUGCAAUCUAAUUAGAAGAGUUUGCAAUCUAAUUAGAAGAGUUUGCAAUCUAAUUAGAAGAGUUUGCAAUCUAAUUAGAAGAGUUUGCAAUCUAAUAAGAAAAAGCUCUAUUUCGCAAUCUAAUCAGAUUUAAUUGAAGUUCCAGUAAAAUCGUAUUAGAUUACAAUGUAUUUUUCCUGCAUUGCAAUCUAAUAAGAAAAAAUUGCAAUCUAAUUAGAAAAAAUUGCAAUCUAAUUAGAAAACAUUGCAGUGAUUGCGAUCUAUUAUAGGGACACCGCACAGAAAUGGCGCUCUGUUGAGAAACUCUUUUUGCAGUGCAAAUUGAGCGACCUCGGGGCCGAGUUUGAAAAGUUAGGUCACGUUUACAGUGGAAAAUUACUUCGCGGCAUAGAAAUUCGGUCAGAUUGCGAACAGAGCGCCAUACUCUGGGAACUCAAUCGCAAUCUAAUUAGAAAGCUUUGCAAUCUAAUACGAACUCGUUUGAAAUAGAAUUUGCUUCAAUUAGAUUGCAAAAUCUUCUAAUUAGAUUACAAUCACUGCAAUUUUUCUAGUUAGAUUGCAAUGUUUUCUAAUUAGUUUGCAAUUUAUUCUUAUUAGAUUGCAAUUCAGGAAAAAUAUAUUGUAAUCUAAUACGAUUUUACUGGAACUUCAAUUAAAUCUGAUUAGAUUGCGAAAUAGAGCUUUUUCUUAUUAGAUUGCAAACUCUUCUAAUUAGAUUGCAAUCGAGUUUCCAGAGAUUUCUGUGAGAUGCCCCUAUAACAAUUAGAAGAUUUUGCAAUCUAAUUGAAGCAAAUUCUAUUUCAAACGAGUUCGUAUUAGAUUGCAAAGUUUUCUAAUUAGAUUGCGAUCGAGUUCCCAGAGCAGCAGUCUAUCUCAACGAAUUCAAGCAUCCAAGAGCUUGAAAAGAAAUUGAUCCGAGAAGCGGAUAUGCGAGAAAAAGGUCAUCAAACUUACUUGGAGCUGGAGAAGAAACACGAUUAUUGCAAAUCUGAACUAAUCAGUCUAAAGUAACGAAAUAUAAAUAAUUAUACAUUUCAAAAAUGUUUGUAGGAACGAAAUAGACGUUAUUGUGUGCAGUAAAGAAAAGUUGAAUGUGGAGCUCAGGCGAAAAAACGACAUAUGCCUCAACCAAACUGAAAUAAUUGAAGGACUGAAAAGACAAUUUAGUUCUCUGACUGCGGACAAUAGUAAACUGAUUAAAAGAGUGGACUCACUGUGCCAACUAAACCAAGCAUACAGUGAGGAAAAUAAGAACUUGACAAAACAAAUGGAGAUUUUGAUAAAUCAAAACAAGGAACUUUUACAACGUGCUCUUCACGACAAAGAUCAGUAUCAUUUGGAAAUGAAGGAUUUCCAAGUAUGCAAUUUUUCAAACUUUGAACUAAGCCGUACCCUUUCAAUUCAGGAUAAGUUGAACUCUUUACGGCGUCAUAAAGAAAAGUUGGAGGAUAAAAUUAUUGAUCAGUAUAGAACAAUGGAAAAUAAAAAGACACCAGAAAGAAAACAACCGCUCGUGAAGAGAGCUGCAAAGGCUUUGAUUAGUAGAGUAAGUGUGUUGAGUUAGUGAGAAACGUGCAGUUUUGGAAGACGUGUCACAUCACUGAUUUUUUCAGAGACGAAUCGCAUCCAAUGGUGGUUCCACAACUGAAGACAGUAGCGUCUACUCGGCUGAUGAACGAUCUUCACCUACACUUCUCGGUAAUUACCCAUGUUCAGCGUCAGAUGUGUCCACAUCCAGUGGCUCCAUCUCUAUUUCGGAAUCAUGUCCAGUACAUGGUUCUUAUUUUGAUGAUAUACGUCGGAAGCCUGACCAGCGGUUAUCUUUUUCUCCUUUUUCUUCGUUUAAAAAAAUACAGAGUGCUCAGAAUCAAGCUUCAUUGGGUCCCUACAACAAUCCUAGUGUCAAAAAAAUGAUAGACACGAACUUGACUGUGUACUACAAUAACACUGAGUAGAGCAAGAAUUUCUAUUUUCGGAGCUUUUCAAAAUAAGAAGAAUUUAUUUUAUUCUGAAUUUCUACUGUAGUAAUUGUUGCAUGUGUAUGUGAUUGUCUUUCCUUCAGCCUUUCGUGUUUUCGGGUGUUCGUAGUCCUUUGGUUCAUAAACGUCCGGUCUUUGUUAUGUCCUGUAGAAUAAACAUAUAUGUCUACGUGUUUUUGUUAUUCAUAUGUUCUAUCGAAACGUUUCCAUCAGGUGCUCCGGAUGAUAACGAUAACUUGCCUCCUACAUGCUCAUCCUCAGACGAUCAUGACAGAAUAUCGCCACACGAAGAGAUCCAGAUUAGCUCCAUACGGGCAAGGAACAAUCAGUUUGGUGGUUCAGUGAGAGUAGCUUCAACUCCCACGCGUACUUCUGACCAAAGCUUGUGUGAUUUUGCACAAGUGAAUCAAAGUAUUGGAUCAGAAGCAAUUAAUACUAUUUGCUUUACUUUUUAGAUGCCUCAUAUCCUCGAACCCGAGCGCUUCUCCGAAAUACAGUUGCAACUUCCUCACUCCGAUCCAGACCCCCACCACCACCUUACACGUCUUCAACUAGAUCACGGAAUUUUCUACCUAAACAUGGUAAUCUGUUUGCUUAUCUGGAUUCGUCGCCAAUUUCAACUCACCUCAAAACAGAACACAAACCCGAGCACUUUUCCGACCGCAGUGUUGUUAGUGAAGGAGAAAAGCGGGAUACUAUCAGGGAUAAAGUGAGUUUAAGCAAAUUUUGUCUUUGAUUACGAGUUUCGCUCAAUGAAUAUAGAUGUUACAGGAAGAAAGAACAGACAAAACAAUGAGCUACUACGAAAAUGUUAACAACUGUGUAACACCUGGAGUUGAAAAUAAGCUAAACGAAUCUACAAUUUGGUAUGAAUAUGGAUGUGUGUGACCGAAGAAAUGCUUCUAUGUACAUUGAACACCGGGUGGAUCAUCUCGUAUUUUAAAUAAACAAUUGUUUUUAAAACAAUUGUUCAACAAUCGCAGCCCAUGUGUUAAAAUAAAUUCGGCCGACACUCCCACAGACGGUGAAAAAAUGUAUUUGCAGAAAAUGAAAUAAUUGGGUUCAUCUCUACACGGGCCGGCAAAGCAUACGGAGGAGUGGAAAUUUUAUUGUGAAUUGUGAAGCUGUAACUUCUCUCAGAAACCUUACAUUUACCUCUGACCUGGCUCAUUUUGAAGAACCCAGUAAACUUGAACUCUUAUCAAAAAAUCAGAGGUUCCUAUGUUCGAUUUCUGGAGAUAUAUUGAAAAAACCGAAAGUCCUAUGUAUGAAAAGCCGGCCCGUGCUCUACAUGACACAGUGUUGGCCGAAAAAUUUUCAAAUCUCACAUAUCGAAUUUUAUAAUUUUUUAAAGACUUUUCUACCCACGUUUGUUACUAUUUUAAGCUUUUUCAGAAUUGGCAUCUUUGUCGGAGAGCUCGGCCGCGUAGGGAAUGGAGAGCUCGGCCGCAUAGGGAAUGGCCCGCACUUACCUUGGGCUUUUCGAAUUGGACCUAUAUGAUUCGAAAGAGAAUUUCACGGAGAAUCCGAAUCUGCUCUCCAUUUUUGCUAAGGAGCACUGGCUGGCGAGAAAAUCUGCCUGUUUCUGCCACAUUUUCUAGCAAGUUCAUCUGCGGCGACCUGUAUCUCAAGAACAAAGCAAAAAAGUGGUCAACUAGUAUUAUAGGGGCACCGGAUAGAAAGGGCGCGCUGUUCGCAAUCUGGCCGAAUUUCUAGGCCGCGAAGUAAUUUUCCACUGAAAAUGUGGCCUAACUUUUCAAACUCGGCCCCGAGGUCGCUCAAUUUGCUCUGCAAAAAGAGUUUCUCAACAGAGCGCCAUUGCUGUGGGGUGCCCCUAUGAUAUCUCAAGAACCACGCGUCCGUUGCAAAAGUGGUCAACUAGUAAGUUAACGCAAAUUAUGUCGUGAAUAACUUUCUAGUUGACCGUCUAUUUAAAAAAAAAUUAGUUGUUGAGUUAUGAACUGUUUUCCUAGAGCGACGAGAAAAAAACGACGAUAACUCGAAAACUAAUUUUUUUAAAUGAUGAUCAACUACAAAAUUAUUUACGAGAUAAUUUGCGUUAACAUACUAGUUGACCACUUUUGCAACGGACGCGUGGUUCUUGACAUACAGGUCGCCGAAGAUGAACUUGCUAGAAAAUGUGGCAGAAACAGGCAGAUUUUCUCUCCAGCCAGUGCUCUUUAGCAAAAAUGGAAAGCAGAUUCGGAUUCUCCGUGAAAUUCUCUUUCGAAUCAUAUAGGCAUAGUAGCCACGGGCCGGGCCGGUUCAAAAAGCGGGAAUUCAAAAUUUGAAUUAUUGAUCGCAUGAAGCCAUUUUUUGUAGAAUUAGGGGUUUUUGGCAAGCAUCGAACAUUGAAAAACAAAUGUAUUUCUCAUAAAAAAUUCAUAAUACUAUGAUAAUAGCAAAAAACAAAGAAGAAACACUAAAACUUUAGUUCGAACAUUUUUUUUGUAAUAACGCACGGUCUCCAGAGCUGACAAUGGGCGCAAGUGCGUCCCGCCCAAUAGAGCGAUACAUUGGCGCGAAAUUCAAAUUUUAACAGCAAAAUUAGUGUUUUUUGCCAGAUUAGCCACGAAAAACCGAUAAUUUCUGAUUUGUCUCUCGAUAGACCGAUUGUAUGGGCUAUUACAAAUUUUUUAAGCGCGAGAGCGUUAAAUUUGGUCAAGUCGCAAAUCACAUUUAUCCGUUUGAAGGUUUUUGGCUAAAACUGCGUGAAUUUCAGUUGCUUUCCGGUAAUUUUCGCGGUUCGAGCGCUCAAAAUGCUUGUAUUUACGUGAUUUAUCAUUCUCAAAACCAAUUCUGUCUAAAAAUGGUCAAGAAAGCGCAAAAUGAGAAGUGCGGUUUUUAGGCGGCGAUCUGCGGCGAAGGCGAAAAAGCGAAAUCCGCAAAAAUGCGCCAAAACGUCAUUAAUUCCGAGAAUUAGUGUGUUUUUUAUGCCGAACAAUCAUUUUUCAUCGCCUUUGACCACAAAAAUCAGAGAAAACCUGCUCAACUCAUGAAAACGCCAUUUGGCCGAGACCACGCCCAUAUUGUCAGCUCUGGAGACCGUGUAACGAAAAAAAAAUUUCCGCGAAAAUUUGAAUUCCCGCCUUUUGAACCGGGCCGACCGGGCCGGGCCCGCAUGGCCGGCCCGAAAUCUGGCAAGUCUGCAUAUAGGUCCCAUUCCAAAAGCCCAACUCGGCAAAGGCGCGCCACUUUUGCGCAAACUUCACGCACGGUGAUUCUUUGCGAGGGUGUAGUGAGAAACGCGCCGCGAACUCGGCCACCAUUCAAAGAAGGGGCGUGGUCUUGCGCAAUUGCCGCACGCAAUUUUGCAAGUUUGGCGCGCGCGCUUUCUGUUUAGCCGCAAUUGUUUCCGACAGCAUUUUGAAGACGUUCUUACUGCUUUUCAGGAAUAUUACACAGCGCUGUUAUUGGUUUUUGCUGUUGGCAAUUUUUCUCUGUUGAUAACAAUUACUAAAAAAUAAUAAAGCUUCUAUAAACUGCGUUCUUUCAUGUUUGAGAUGAAAAAAUACAAAACUCAGCCGAAAACAAGCAUUAAUUGACAGAGAACAAGCGCUAAAAAAUGAAACAAGCGCGAAAUUCGUGAAAAAUUCCCCAUGGCCGAGUUUCUUCGGUUCGGCCUCCUGGCCUAACUUCUGGCGUGGCCUAAUAAUUUCUUGUUCAGCAGGGGGACUCGGCGGAAACCGUGGCCUAGUACCACGGCCUGCGACCCCGGGCCAAAUGGACUAGAAUUUUCCUCGUCACCCUCGCAAAGAAUCACCGUGAUAUAUAUCACGGUCUCCCACGGCGCGAAUGAUCUCAAUGGGGCGCACUUGCAACAGGCGGGCCGUGUGAUUUACGCGGCGGCCGAUUAAUUAAAGGUGGUGUCCAACGUGACAUACAACAUAUUUUUAAAAUAAACUUCGAAGUGGGGCAUUCACUUUCCCAAAGUCCCGAAUUACGAAAAAAAUUCCCCGAUUUUUAAGAUUUUUUUCAAAAAAGUUAAUGGUACCGAGAGAAGUACACGGCGAAAUGGAAGAGCCGGCCUAGAUUUUUCAAGUCCCCGGAUGGAAUUCCCUUUUCUUCCGAAUUUUUUCCGUUUUCAUGCAAUUUUCUUAAAUGUUCAAUCGUUUUUCCACUGAACACACUUAUUUGCAAUAUUUUUAAAAAAAUUUAUAAUUUUAUCUGUGCCGUGACGCCAAAAAAAUCGAUAAUCUGAAACUUUUUUUGUUGUUUUUCCGGGUUUUUUUCGCUCAAUCUUCGGUUUGCGCGCUGAAAAAUAAAUAGAGUUUUACAAAAAGUGGCUGAAUUUCUGAAUUUUGCUAAAUUUUGAAAGUUUCAGAUUAUCGAUUUUUUUGGCGUCACGGCACAGAAAAAUCAUAAAUUUUUUUAAAUAUUGCAAAUAUGUGUGCUCACACGGUCUCCAGAGCUGACAAUAUGGGCGUGGCCUCGACCAAAUGGCGUUUUCAUGAAUUGAGCAGGUUUUCUCUGAUUUUUGUGGUCAAAGGCGAUGAAAAAUGAUUGUUCGACGUGAAAACACACUAAUUCUAAGAAUUAAUGACGUUUUGGCGCAUUUUUGCGGAUUUCGCUUUUUCGCCUUCGCCGCCGAUCGCCGCGGCGCGCCGCCUAAAAAGCGCACUUCUCAUUUUGCGCUUUCUUUACCGUUUUCAGACAGAAUUGGUUUUGAGAAUGAUAAAUCACGUAAACACUAGCAUUUUGAGCGAUCGAACCGCGAAAACUACCGAAAAGCAACUGAAAUUCACGCAGUUUUAGCCAAAAACCUUCAAGCGGAUAAAUGUGAUUUGCGACUUGACAAAAUUUAACGCUCUUGCGCUUAAAAAAUUCGUAAUAGACUAUACAAUCGGUCUAUCGAGAGACAAAUCAUAAAUUAUCGGUUUUUCGUGGCUAAUCUGGCAAAAAACACUAAUUUUGCUGUUAAAAUUUGAAUUUUGCGCCAAUGUAUCGCUCUAUUGGGCGGAGCGCACUUGCGCCCAUUGUAAGCUCUGGAGACCGUGGCUCAGUGAAAAAACGAUUGAAAAUUUAAGAAAAUUGCACGAAAACAGAAAAAAAUCGAAAAAAAGGGGAAUUCCAUCCGGGGACUAGAAAAAUCUAGGCCGGCUCUUCCAUUUCGCCGUGUACUUCUCUCGGUACCAUUAACUUUUUUGAAAAAAAUCUUAAAAAUCGGGGAAUUUUUUUCGUAAUUCGGGACUUUGGGAAAGUGAAUGCCCCACUUCGAAGUUUAUUUUAAAAAUAUGUUGUAUGUCACGUUGGACACCACCUUUAAUUUUCAACGGGAGUUCGCGUUCUUUCCAUGUCUUCUGUAGAAUACACCUAUUUUUUUGUACGCCCGGAACCUGGAUUCGAAUAAUUAGAGCACUAGCUACGUUUUGGUAACAGAAAUCUCACAUAUCGUUGAGAAUUAGCCGAGUUAUUUGGAUUUGAAGGUUUUGGCCUGGAUUUUGAUGUUUUUCGAAUAGUUUUCGAAAACUGCUCAAGAAAACUAACCGCCGGAAUCUGAAUUUUGUGAAGAAAGAUUCAGCGAACUUUUUUAUUGUUUGUUGGGCUCAUGAAAUGCAAAAUGAGCUUAAAUAUAAAGGUUUGAAGUUUUGACGAAAAACAUGAAAAACUCUAAAUUCUGUAAAGAACGGUUUCCAAUCAGUAAAAUAUUGUUUUCUAGACGUUUUUCAAGUCAAAAGGAAAGAAAUAAAGGUCGUAAACUCGAAUUGAAAUGCAUUUUUAGACCUGCAAAUUUUCAAAAGUUGCAAUGACACUCCGCAAUUUACGAUCGCACUGUGUUUAGCAUUAGCGCCCUGGGAGACCGUGAACUUAAAGGAUCGUCGCAGAUUUUGCGCAAACUUUAAGGAUUUUCGCAGCUUUUGCGCAAACUUUAAGCGUCCUCGCAGCUUUUGCGCAAACUUUAAGCGUCCUCGCAGCUUUUGUGCAAACUUUAAGGCAUGUCGAAAUUGUUAUGGAAACUUUGCAUUUUCAGUACUGUUCGCUUUUUCCAGCUUGUUUUUAUGCGUUUUAUUUGUUUUUUGUUGCUUAUAAAAUUGAAACUACUUAUCUUUUUCCGUAUUUCCUCGGUUUGAGCGCAUUUCAAGCGAAAUUUCAGUCGGAUUUCAUUUAGAAGCGAGUGUUAUUGAAAAUUUGUAUGAAGUCACUUGAAUUCGAGCUACUUCACAAUUAUUUAAGAUGUUUGAACGAUUCACAUGCUCGUACUUUUGUACUAUAUCACAUUCUUUUCUGGUUUAGAUAGAACAUGAACCACUGUAAAGAGAAAAAUGGAUCCGGACGAAACUAUCGACUUCAGCGAAAAAGUGUCCAAGUCAUUUGUCUCGAAAGGAGACUCGGUGAGUUCCGUUCGAAUUAAGACUGUUAUAUGAUUACAUGAGAUAUGAUUUUGAUGAGAAGUGGAACCAGAGUUGAGCGGAAUAGAUUUUUUGAAAAGGCGGAAUUCAAUUUUUUUUGGCGGAAGGCGAAAAGACGCGGCAUAGACACGGCCGUUAAUCCUCCGAUUCAUGAAUUAAAAGAGUGUUUCAGUGAGUUAGCAGAAAAUUUUAUAACUCGUAGAUGAGAAUUUCAGAUUUUGAGGAUGGGCUCUCUUACAUCGCCUGCAUUUUCACUUAUAACAACGUGUCUUUUUUCAGUUAUGAAAGUGACGAAGACUAUACAAUCACUAAUCUCUAAAUGGUACUUGUUUCUGGUUUUUAUACUAUCCCAAUAAAAUUGUUUUUUCAUGCAGAAAUGAAGUGGAGAUAAACUGAACAUUUUUAAGCAGCAUUUGGUCAAAAUUUUAAAACUGACAGCUUUUGCGCAGACUUUACGCAGAUUUUGCGCAACUAGCCAGCUGCGCUAACUUUGCGCAAAAGUGGCGCGCCUUUGCCGAGAAGGUAAGUGCGGGCCAUUCCCUAGUUAGAAACAUACUGCGCUUACUCAUAAUUUUUGGAGGCUACGUCGAGCCAGAACUGUCCCGUAUCAGAACUGUCCCGGAUCAGAACCUACCUGCAGGUGGUUCUUGUUACAACAAAUCAUGUUUGGACGGGUUCUGAAUCAGACGGGACAGUUCUGGCUCGGCGUAGCCACAAUUUUUGUUUUCUAAAGUUAGUAGGAGUAUUGUCAACCAAAUCCUUUAUUUUGUUAUUUGCCUUCCAAGAGCAUUGCCUACGUUUUUGAAAUAUUGUUUAUGGGUUACCUUCCAAAAAUCAUGGGUUACCUUCCAAAAAACUUCUCUAUCAAUUUUCGCGAAGCAAUUGACGCGUGUCCCGUGCGAAAAUUUCGGCUGCACAAAGUUUAGUAAUUGUACAAAACGAUUAAAAAGUAUAGAAUUUCUGAAUUUUAAAAGCACAGCUGCUCUUCUUUUACUUUCUGCUGCCCUUCUACUGCUGAUUAUGCUGAUAAUUUGUCACGUCUGCAUUCUUCGUCGAUAGUUUCGUCCUUUGCAUACUAUUCUUCAAGCACUUUUCAGAGAAAACGUACCACGUGGGUAUCGAUGAGACAUUUGGAACAUCUCGAUUACAACAUUGUUGAUUAA